AUGGCUAACCCAACUCCAAUUCGUCCAUGGUCUCGCUUGGUCUCCUUGCGUUCUAUUCCUCCUCCUCAGUCAGAACCUAAACCUCAAACCUUACCAUCCCAGCUUGUAGAACCCCCUCUCAAAGCACCCCAAACAAGAAACACUUACUCUCAAGACAACAACUUCAGUGCCACCAAAUCUCUACCAACAACAACUACAACGGUUCAAAGCCAAACGCAAUCACAAAACCUCAAACUCACCACUCCCCCCACCUUUUCACCUUCCAAAUUGAAGCCUAAUACGGAGAAUGAAACUAAGAAACCGGUGGAAGAAGAGCCAAAAACCGUGCUUGUUAACGAGACCAUUGAAAAGCCUAAUGCCAAUGGCAAUGAUGACAAUGGUUCAAUGCAAAACGGAUCUCAAAAGCAAGGCACUGACCAUCAUGAAAAGCAUGUGACAAACAAAGAAAAUGAAACCAAAUGGAAAGGUAUUGACACAAAGCUUUUGGGUUGUGAGGGGUAUGGCAUAACAAGGGUCAUAACAAUUGCAGGGGAAAACAGAGGUGCUUACAUGGAAAUAAUCAAACCACAAAAGAAUCCCGUUAACAAGAUGGGAUAUUUAGGUGACGGAGAAGUCAACGCAAAUGGGAAGGACAAGAGUCAGAAAGUGAGAACACUAUCUUCACUUCCAAAGACUGGUUUCUACGUGAACAGCAAUGUGCAGUGUAUCAACAACUCAAUGGUGUUACACACGAGUUGCACACACCAUGAUCCAGGAGUGCACCUUAGUCUCUCAAAGAAGCCAUUUGGCAAACGUGUUGACGGCCAUCGCAAUUGA